AGAGAGCUGCUUUCAGUACGUUCAAGUUCACAAGUUGUUGUGAUGAGAGAGGUUAGAUUUUUGGACAGACUUUAAAAGGACGAUAAAAUAUAUAUUUUUCUAGAAAAAUGCAUACUGCAGUGAGUUUUAUUAGCUUAAUAGUGUCCAUUGAAGUUUUGUGCCAUGUUUCUUCGAUCAGAGCCGAAUCAGCAGAAUUACCACAUUUUUUGGAACCCGGGGAUUCAGUCGUGAUCGAAAAUCAAAGAUCGAGUCUGCGAGUCUUUUGCCACACUGCUAAAUCGAAAUACUUGAUUCACAUGUGGAGAACCAUAAUUAUGAAUUUAGACACCAGUCUAGAAAAUUACGAAUUAUACGAUGGUAGGAGUCCCCACGAAAUUAAAACCAAAUACGAAGCUAAUAGACGAUCAUGGAAUUUCAAUUUUUUUAGUACGAAAAAGACUAAACAAUUUAAACUCAAUCCUUUCGAAGAUGCUUGUGUUGGUGUUUACACACCUUUCAAUCACUAUCAAUACAAGAUGUCUAUGACGGAAUUACGUAUCGAUACGUGGAAAGUUUUUUCUUUGAUACUAGGGAUAUUAAUAUUCUGGUCUGGCCGAAGGCUUAGUCAAAAUACCGUAUUCUAUUAUUUAUGUGGAAUUACACUUGGAGUCACAACUUCAAUCAUCAUAUUGAUAUAUUUUCUUGGAAAAUUGUUUCCCAAGGGAAAAUUUAUGUACUUAAUGGUGGCUACUGGCUACACGAUGAGUUUUUAUCUCGCUCAAGUCCUAUGGGAAAAUGCUCAAUUAAUAGCUUUACAGUAUCGAGAUUGGGUCGUGUGGUACGUCCUCAUAACUGCUCUUAUAAGUUUUGUCAUUUGUUAUCGCUUUGGUCCAAUCACGAAUGCCAGAACGAAACGAAUCAUCCAAUGGUUUCUGCAGAUUCUCGGCAUGUUGCUGAUUUAUUACAGCAGUUACUUUCAUGAAGCUUCAGGUUCAUGUUGCAUUCUAGUUCUAAUGCUUUACAACUUUCCAAUUGUAAUUGUAAGAAGAGGUCGAAAGUACUGGAGUAACAUGUUUCCCGAGCGGAGACGACUUCUGACGGAAGACGAAUAUCACAAGGAAGGCUUAAGAGAAACUAGAAGAGCCUUAAAAGAUCUUCAGGAAUAUUGUUCUAGUCCCGAGUGUAGUCCCUGGAAGACUGUUUUAAAAUUAAAGGACCCGGUUAAAUUUGCUAAGUUUGUUCAAGGAAGUUCCCACCUUUCCGAAGACGAAACGUUUGAACAUGAUUCUUCGAUUACGAAACUUAUAGAGGAAUGCGAGUACACUGAUGAUGAGGAUGAGUUUUGAUUUUUUUUCUCAAAUCUUUUCUCUGAAGAUUCGUUUGUAUUUUGACUGACGUCCUACUAUAGUACAAAUAUUAAAUUAGCCAAGCAAAUUAGGCUCCUUUGAUUAAUUUAUUAAAGACUCUUGAGUGUCAUUAUUGAUAUAAGUAUUUUUAUUUUUUAUUAUUAGUAAAAAUAAUCAUGGUAGUUGUUCCGGAUUCUUUGAUCUCAGCGAUGUAAAUCCAAAUUGUACAUUUGAUACUUAGGUGACGACAGAAAUGAUUAGAAAAAUGCACAAUAUUUAAUACUCUCGAAAAUAAAGCGCUUAUUUUUUUAA